AUGUCUGCCCCUACCAAGACCCAAAACUGCCUGGUGCCGUACGUCGACCUCGAAGCCGUCCCGGCCGAGGUCGCAGCGGCCAUCACGCACCUGCCCUACCGGCGCAACAUCUUCUACCUGCUCGGGCACUCGCACGGGUCCUUCCCGCGGCUCAUGAGCGUCUACGCCAACUUCUUCGACGGCACCCGCCGCAUCCUCCCCUUGCUCGACUGGCAGCUCGUCGUCCUCCGCAUCUCGGCCGCCCUCGACGCCGAGUACGAGUGGGACGUCAACGCCCCCGUCGCCCGCAUCAACGGCAUGCCCGAGGAGAAGUUUGCCGCGCUCAAGCGCAGCGCCGGUGGGGGUGCUGAGGCGCUGGCGGAGGAGGCUGUCUUCACGGAGCGGGACAGGGCUAUUCUGCAGCUGGUGGAUGAGCAGCUUGUCACUUAUACCAACACCGAGGAGACGGUCAAGAAGGCGAAGACGCUGAUGACGGUGGAGGAGCUGGUUGAGGUCUACAUUGUGCUGGGUGUCUAUGCCCUCAUUGCGCGAAUCACGAAGGGAUUGCGCAUCGAUUUGGACGGUGAGAUUCCGGGAUUGGAAGACCACUUGAAGACGGUCGUUACGCGGGAUUGA